UGGGAGCUGUGCGUGCCUCGGCUCUGUGCUGAAUGCUGCGGGGUCAGUGUGUUAGAACGCUGACCUCGCUCGAGCACAUCUCAGCUGAUAACGCGAGGCUCUCAGGAACCGCCCGCGCGCAGCUGUGCCUGCUCUGCCAGACGGGCCGGGGGGAGAGUGAGUGCAGGUGACGCUACAGCGAGUUUAAUCUUCACCCGCUCGCGGAAAGCAGUUUUUUACAGGGUAAACAAGAGCAGCUUGCAUUUGCUUUAAAAGGGAGAAGUCACCCCCUGCUGUUUCUGUUGGGUAAUAUUCUUACUUUUCCAUUUUCCCCAAGUAAAUCAUGCAGUCUGAUGGAACUCAUACAGGAAUCCACAGUCACCUCUUUAAUUCCAUGCGGAAAUACUUAUGCAGCCAUGACAGAGUUCAGCCUAUAGUAGGCCUUGGUUCUAUUAUUGAGCUGUGCACAGAUGCUGAACCUCCAGUUUACCUCUGUGAUGUCUGCAUUCUCAAAAUUAACAAGAGAGAUAUCAAAACCCUCAUCAUGGGCAGCCUUCACAGAUACAACUACAUUAAAUCCCGUCAUGUAUAUGGUUUGAAGGCUGGAGAAGAUCUGACUUCUUUGGCUUGGCGUCUGAUGGAGCUGGCAAAAGUUGUAGAAAAGAAAGAGGGAACAGGAAUUGUACAGGUGCUGCAUCUGGAUGACGUCAUUUACAAGGAGAUGAUAUCAAAGCCUGCUCUGGAUGCUAUUGCUCAGGUGAAGAAGAUAAAGAUACAAACACGCAUCAGUGGCCUCCAAUCUAGCAUUUUCAACAAACGCACCAAAUGUGAGAGCUCAACUGCAGCACUGAGUCCAACUUGGCAUUUCACACCUAAAGACACUUGUGGGUUUGAGCACUUUUCCAGGUACUCAGUAAAACUGAGUCAGUGUGAACUUAAAGAUGUGAACUCAAAAACCUGUACUGUCCAGUCACCAAAGCUUUCUGAAGAGUCUCCAGAAAGUUACAGGGGAACACAGCCUCUCAUAGGUCUACAGGCUGUUAUCAAGUGCCAGACUGUAGAUGGAGAUCCACCACCCUGCUGUUACCUGUGCCAGCCAUGUACUUUAAAGGUCUUGAAGAGUGACAUCAUCCACCACCUGAUCAGCCCUCAGCACCAACUCAACCACAUUAAUUUUCAUCAUCCUCACCUCUUGCUGGACAUGAAUGAAGACCAGAGCCUGCAGACAAUAGCUAUGCAGCUAGAGCUUGAAGAAGGGAGAGGACAAAUGAAGGUGACGAGGUUAUCAGCGUGUGUCCUUAGUGAGAUACUGGAGAAAGAUUUCGACUGGUGUAUGAAGAUGUUAAACUGUGCAUCUACUGCUGAAAUUAAACCAGAGCAAGGUCCCUUAAUGGCAGGGAGCAGCAUGAGUUCAGGAUGCAACAUCACCCUGAAACGGCCAUAUGAGUCCACUGAAAUCACUGUGGACCACAGUUGGGAUGGAACCUUGCAUGACCACAUUGGGAAGGUUCCCCGUAGACAAUGGAGUUCAAGCAGGGGAGGAGUUAGUCUCAAGAAAGCAAGACACAAAGAGCCUGUGUUUAAAGUAAGCCUGUCACUAAGUGCAGGGCCUGUUAUUGUGGACAGAAUGUCUCUUGUAUCAACAACAGUGGCUCCUGAAAUUGAAUGCCAGAUCCCUGAGACUGAGUACAGAGAGAAUUAUUCAUUUUCAGAAGACAUCACUUCAGGAAAACACAUGCUCACUCUAGAACACAAAAACCUAGAGCAGAACCCUGAAACAUUUCGGAAUAUGCAACUAUACCCCACCAAGCGCUUGUACACUGAGGAAAAUUCACAAUCACUGAGAUAUACUAAUGCAGAAACAGAUACAAGCACAUGUGGGUAUAUGAACACAUGUCAGUUUCCAGACAGUGUAGAGCACACAGAAACAGUUUUUACUGGCAGUUCAAACAGCAGGCAAGGGCCUGAGUCCUAUCACAGACAUUUGCACCAUAAUUUAUUUUUUAAGGACUUCUCUGGUUCAAGCACAUCUAAUAACUGCCCAGUAGAUGGACUGUCAUCAACUUGCAAUGGCAAUAGUUGGAUCAUGGAGAGAGAAGAAGUCAGAAACAAUGCAUGUGAUUGGUUAAUAGGGAGAGAUCAAGUCACACAACAUGCUAAUAACUGGCCUAAAGAAAAUCACAUGUUUGUUCAGUCAGAUGUAACACAAGUGAUGCUGGCCAAUCAAAUCCCCAAGCAGAUGUUUGGAGAGAGGAAUUAUGAAGUGAUGAAUGUACCCAUACACAUGUACCCAGCAAUCACUGGGGCCUGUGUCCCAGCAAUUAAUACAUACACAUCAUACCCUGUCCAGUAUGUGAACCAGAUGUGGAUGUGGGGGAGCACAGAUUUGUCGAACCAGUAUAACCUUUAGUUUUUUGCAUCAUCUUAGAAUUCCCUCAAAAGCUGCAAAAUAAAUGCUCUAACAGCAACACACCAGUACGUAGCUGACUGAUCUUGCAUUUAUUCAUUAGAGCUUUAAAUAUUACGCAUUAUACAAAAUCUCUGUAAAGGUGUGAUGCAACCAUUUACUUAACACUUGUGUCCAUGCCCUUUAGUGAUGUCAGUUUUCUUAUUUCUUAUUAACAUAGACACAAAGAACACAAUUGUUCAUGUCUUAUUUCUUGCAGAUGCUCUCAAUGGAUUCUCAGUCUUAUUAUUGUUUAAUUUGCUAAAAAAAAACUCUUGUUCUUUUUGAGAAAGUUAUUAUAUGAAACAACUUUUUCAGAGUAUUUUGUUAUUUUAUUUACUGAUUGCAGAAAAUCACAUUGUCACUUAAUCAGAUUCUUACCCAAUGCAGCAUCAUCAAUCAUUGUUAUAAUCGUCAUUCAGUGGGCUCCUCACAUGCCAGCUUUCUUUUUGUUUGUUUUUUUUUUCUUUGUCUGGCCCCCUACAGCCCUGAAUUUUGUAACGAGGGUCUGCAUGCUGCUGUCCUUUAAAAAAACAAUGUGGUAAGGUUCAGUAAUGUUGCACUUUCAAGUGGCUAUUCAGUGUAACACAUCUAAUAAUUAUGUUCCUGGAAAGUGAUAGCUACUGCUGAGAUGUACAUUGUAUCUAUGACAUGUUGGCUUUUUGUUGUUGUCUUUGGGAUGAUGCUUCAUUUCACCUCCAGCAACUGAUUAGUAAUUUUCCCCCAGGGUUUAAAAUGUUAUGACGUUUGCCAUUUAAAAGCUUCAAAAUUUGAAUAAAAAUCCCAAACCAAUUAUA